CCGGGUUCGGUUGUGUUCUCGCGAGAAGUGACGAGACGUGCGCAGACGCUGUCGAGCAAGAAGUAAACAGACGCAACUGUGAGGAGAACAAAGUGCGUCUGGUGAAUCAUUGCUUCUUAAACGCUGACGAUGAAUGGAGUGAAGGUGGUGGUGGUCGGAGCAGGUGUGGUUGGAUUCUCCAGCGCCGUUUGUAUCGCCGAGGCUCUCCCUGGCUGCUCCGUCACGCUCGUGGCCGACAGGUUCAGUCCUGACACCACAAGUGACGUCGCCGCUGGGAUCCUGUUGACCCAGGACUUCCCAGAUGUCCCGUUGGAAAGACAAAAACGUUGGUUCCAGGACGGCUUUGAUGAGCUGCUGUCCGUCGCCCAGUCUCAGCACUCCUCCGAGGCUGGCGUCCUCCUCACUUCAGGCUGUCAGAUCUUCAAAGAAGCUCCCGCUAACAAGACUCCUUACUGGUCCGACAUUGUGUUGGGCUUCCGGUUGUUGAGCGAGCGCGAGUUGAGACGCUUCCCGCAUCACACCUUUGGUCAGGCCUUCACUACCAUCAAGUGUGAAUGUACCAACUACCUGCCUUGGCUCCUCAACAGGUUCCAGAAAGCUGGCGGUCAAGUGCAGCGGACUAAAGUCACCGACCUCCGGGAGCUCGGCCUCCGCUAUGACAUCAUCGUCAACUGCUCAGGUCUGGGUUCUCGAUCCCUGGCGGGCGACGGCCAGGUGUACCCCGUCCGAGGCCAGGUCCUGCAGGUGGAGGCGCCCUGGCUGCAGCACUUCGUCCGGGACGCGGACGGGAAGACCUACAUCUACCCCGGCGCGCGCUACGUCACGCUGGGCGGCACCCGGCAGCAAGGCGACGAGCGCCCGAUGCCCGACCCGGGAGAGAGCGACGCCAUCUUGGAGCGCUGCUGCCGCCUGGAGCCCUCGCUGCGCAACAGUCGCCCGGCGGGCGUGGUGGUGGGGCUGAGGCCUGGCAGGAAGCACCCCAGGGUGGAGAGAGAGGUGGUGCACGUGAACCAGCACAGGAGCGUGCACGUGGUCCACAACUACGGCCAUGGAGGAUGGGGGGUGUCCUUGGCCUGGGGGACCGCUGUGGACGCCCUCACACUAAUCAGGAAGUGUCUUCAGGACACACCUUUACCUGCAAAACUCUGAUCUCCUUCACACAUUA